GAAAAGGAAAUGUCGUGUUUUGAUUUUUGACUUGGCUUCCACCACUAGUCCACUACGUCUGGCACUGGCUUUUUUUUUUCUGUUUCAAGGUCCUUUCCUUUAACGUUAGUUUGCCCAGUUACCCAGUUGUGUGGUGCCAUCAUCCCUUUCCAGCCUUCCUACUCGGGACGGUCUAAUUCAACUAGAAAUCAACGUGGCUGACAAAACGAACAACUUGCUCUCGCAAUUCGCCGUAUGGUGGUUGCAAGGUCGCCCUACCCAAACGUAGAGGACAUUCGUGACGUUUCAUUCUUAUUCUCUCCUUGCAAACUGAAACGGGAAAAGAACAGACACGUCGAUCGUUCAAGUGGCAAGAACAAGAAGAAAGAAGGAAGGAAGGAAGCCUGUUCUGACGACAUGUGGGUCUGGCUGUGCCUGUCGAGUCUUCUGCUUGGAUUGGUGGCGUUGCUAUGGUUACGCGACGCCGCCAAACAACAACACUUGCCACCAGGACCGGUGGGCUUGCCUUUUCUCGGCUAUUUGCCGUGGAUCGACAGCGUGGCACCUUACGAAACAUUUGCCCGUUUGAGCCACCGUUACGGCCGCAUUUAUUCUCUCCGAUUGGGCAACAUGUUGGCCAUUUUCGUCACCGAUCCGCAGCUAGUCCGCCAGGCUUUCAGUAGACCCGUUUUCAGCGGACGAGCACCGCUCUACUUAACCCACGGCAUCAUGAAAGGCCACGGUUUGAUUUGCGCUGAAGGCGACUCGUGGCGAGAGCAUCGACGUUUCGUUAUCAACGUUAUGAAACAACUGGGCAUGGCCGGACGUCAAGGCGCCUCACUGAUGGAGUCACGUGUCAUGGACCGUGUCCUGGAAUUUGUGGACGGAUUGAAGAGCAAAGUGUCAUCGACCAGCGGCGUCGACUUGGUGCCCGGCUUGCGUCACUGCAUAGGCAACAUCAUCAACGGCGUCGUUUUCGGCCGGACGUACGCGGCCGACGAUCCGACCUGGAUUUGGCUGCAGCACCUGCUCGAUGAGGGCGUCAAACAGGUGGCCGUCGCCGGGCCCAUCAAUUUCCUGGCCGUCCUCAGGUUCUUGCCCAGAUAUCGCAACAUCAUGUCGUUCAUCAUUGACGGCCAAGUGGCAACUCAUCGCCAUUACCAAGAGAUUAUCGACGAUCACGAGCGCCAGCUCAAUCAGCUCGCCGACAAUCAAGAAUCGAGUCAUGGAUAUACGGACGUGAUCGAGGCUUACCUCAUUGAAAUGUCUCGUCGACGUCGUGCCAAUGAAGCGGCUGGAACGUUCACCAUCACUCAACUGUAUCACGUGCUGGCCGACAUGUUCGGUGCUGGAACAGACACGGCAUUGACGACAAUCAAAUGGAUCAUCCUCUACGUCAUUCUCUACCCGGACGUGCAAACUCAAAUUCACGAGGAAAUCGAUCGCGUCGUUGGCGAGGAUGGCAAACGAGCCGGGACUCUUUGCUAUGCCACCGAUGCCCAGCGGAUGCCCUGGACGGAGGCCGUCAUUUGCGAAGUGCAGCGCAUCAAGACCAUCUUGCCUCUGGGAGUGCCUCAUGGAACACUGGACGAUUGUGAAUUGGCCGGCUAUCGUAUUCCUAAAGGGGCCAUGGUCGUGCCCGUCUGGUGGGCCAUGAAUCUCGAUCCGACCUUGUGGAGCGAUCCGUUGCAAUUCCGGCCGGAGCGUUUCCUAGUGCGCGCAUCGCACGGUGAAUGGACGCUGAUCAAACCGGACCAUUUUCUACCGUUCCAGUCCGGAAGGCGGAUGUGUAUUGGCGAUGAGUUGGGCAAGACGAUCAUCUUCCUGUUCACCGUGACGCUGCUCCAGCGCUUCCGGCUGACGUUCCCUCCCCAAUUUGAAGAUUAUCAGCCCGUUGUCGCACCGGAUGGCAAACGGACGGAUGAAAUGCCUCGUCCCGACUACGGGUUCACGCUCGUACCUCACCCAUAUCCAGUGGCUCUCCAUCCGCGCUCUCCACCAACAACUGGAUGAGUUCUCCAAUUCCAUUUUCUUUUUUUUUUGUGUGUGGCAGGGGGUUGGCCUUCUUUUGUUUUGAUUUGUCUGUUUGUUUGUUUUGAUGUUAAAUGAAAUAAAUUGAAGGGCACACGCA